AUGGCGAGCGACCAGUCGGAAACCAGCGGCGGCUCCCGAGUGAGGCAGUUCGGCCUGUACCGGAGCAUAGACGCGCGGACCGAAGAGUUCCUCAGGCUGUCGAGGAAGCGGCAGAUGAGGCAGGGCUGCGCCUGCGCCGCAAUCUCCACGGCCAUAACCGUCACCAUAAUCGUCAGCAUCCUGCUGGUGUUCGAAUUCAACGUGAUACCAAACGCUGAGCUCAAAUCAAUGCAAUACUUGAAAAGUUUACUGAAUGACACCGCUGAAGUGAUGACGCUUAAUAAAGAAAAUCUUAACAUAGACAAAGCCACGCUCAAAAUGUUACCGAUGCUCAUGAAAGCGCUUAAAAAGAACAACAUUCUCCAUAACACUAUUGAAGACACGACCAAACAUUCAGUCCAAGAGGGGUGGCACACAACCACUGAGUUCACUUACAAGAAAAACGUUUUCUCAGACCGAAACAAUUGGAUCCGGUUCCCGACGUCCAAAGCCUACGCGAUUGAGUAUAAAACCUCACCAGUAGUCUACUUUAAAACACCUAAAAACGAUUACUUCACUAAGAUUAGAAAGAUCAGAGAUUACGAACGCAUCAUAAAUUACAUGGACAAAAUGAUAAGCGAUCGAGUCUCGUUUGGAUCGACUCAGCCAAUGCAAACAGUCGAAGAUUACGCAGCCGAGGAAAUUCAAACAGAACGGACAUUUACAAUGUCGGCGAAGAGAUCAUCACAAGUCGCAUAUUACCCAUAUGAAUCUCCAAUGCCCAAAACAAUAAUUACCACGACAAGAAGACCCAAUGUGAAAAUUGAAGUCACUACUCAGUCGCAAAUCGUCCCGCAAGUAGCCACCAUGAUACCAUUCUUUGAGCCGACAGUCCCGCUACCAGAUCCAACAUGGCCCACAAAUUCUCCCGAUAUCAUCAGAUUCAGCCGUGAAGACGCUAAAAUACCUGCUCAGUACUUAACAACGGAACCCUUCGAAGACCCAACAACCGCUACAACAGAGAUGACUACGCUUAUUCCAAAUAAAAACAUUGAGUACGAUGAGGAUAGUGGCGAUGUAGAGGCGAGGACACUUAUUAUCAAACUGGUAAACAAUUUCCAGCCAACCACACCAAGCAAUGCGGAGAAAACAUCCAACGGAACUAACCCUGACGAUAUGAUCAAGGCAAAUACAUACGUGCCGCAGACAAACAAUGGUCACUAUAGGAACGUGGAAAGAGCGCGAAAAAUUCUCAUAGAUUUAUUGAAAGAAAACUCAGAGAAAUAUAGGAAGAAUCGACUCAAAACAUUGGCAACGGUCAGCGCGCCAACUUACGUGCCAAUGUACGUCGAAAUCAAAAGAAACCACACGAAACAACAAAGCAAAAACUACGAG